AUUCCACUCCUUUCUUUCUACACACAUAUAGAUAUUAUUAUUAUAUUUCUUUAAUUUCCCUUCCCUUCUUUUUCCUCUUCGACCAUCAGUUUCUUCAAUUUGUUGAUCUGCUUUUUUCGGUGAGAAACAACAAGUUACUGUUGAUCGGUCACUCAUGAGUUAGCUUAUGGCCUCCAAUUUUUCAUUCAGAAUCAUAGUGACCAAGAAAGGGUUUGGAUUAAGAUAGUGUCUUCUUUCGCAAGUGGUGGGUUGUUUAAUUUCGUAUGUAUAGAAUACAAGAAGGGAUAUAAAGAACCCAUCAGAUAUAAUUUGUGGGUUUGUUCUUUUUGGCAUGGGUGGGUGUUUUCCAUGCUUUGGUUCAUCAAACAAAGAAGGAAAUGGUGUAAAAGAAGUGUCGAAGAAGGAUAUUGGGAAAGAGGGUUCAGCUACACAUCAAUCUCAUCAUGUUAGUAGGGUUAGUUCAGGAAAAUCAAAAUCUCGUGUUAAUUUGGAUCCCAAGAAGGACCAAAUGGUUACAAAAGAUGGACAAACAGCAAACAUUGCUGCACAGAUUUUUACUUUUCGCGAGCUUGCUGCAGCAACAAAGAAUUUUCGUCCCGAGUCCUUGCUAGGCGAAGGUGGAUUUGGGCGUGUUCACAAAGGUCGUUUGGAAAGCACAGGACAGGUAGUUGCUGUGAAGCAGCUUGAUCGAAAUGGUCUUCAAGGGAAUAGAGAGUUUUUAGUCGAGGUUCUCAUGCUUAGUCUCUUGCAUCAUCCAAAUCUUGUCAACUUGAUAGGUUAUUGUGCAGAUGGAGAUCAGCGUCUUCUUGUUUAUGAGUUUAUGCCUUUGGGAUCGCUCGAGGAUCAUUUACACGAUCUUCCGCCAGAUAAAGAACCUUUGGACUGGAACACGAGGAUGAAGAUUGCUGCUGGUGCAGCCAAGGGUUUGGAAUAUUUGCACGAUAAAGCAAACCCUCCGGUCAUAUAUAGAGACUUAAAAUCGUCCAACAUUCUUCUUGAUGAGGGAUACCACCCUAAACUGUCGGAUUUUGGGCUUGCUAAACUGGGUCCUGUAGGUGAUAAAACGCAUGUCUCCACCAGGGUGAUGGGCACGUAUGGCUACUGUGCGCCGGAAUAUGCCAUGACCGGUCAACUCACAUUGAAGUCGGAUGUCUACAGUUUCGGUGUCGUUUUCCUUGAACUUAUCACUGGACGAAAAGCCAUUGACAAUACCCGUGCUCCUGGAGAACAUAAUCUUGUUGCCUGGGCACGCCCACUUUUCAAGGAUCGGAGGAAGUUCGCGAAGAUGGCUGAUCCAUUGCUGCAAGGACGUUAUCCGGUAAGAGGACUUUACCAAGCACUUGCAGUUGCCGCAAUGUGUUUGCAAGAGCAAGCCGCCACACGUCCCCUGAUUGGCGACGUCGUGACGGCUCUAACAUACUUAGCAUCUCAAACCUACGACCCCGAAGCCGCCAGAACCGAGAGAAGUAACAGAGGCAGCGGGUCCGGUACUCCCAGGAGCCGAAGGAACCCGAGUGAAGGCAGCGGCGGCGGCGGUCUAGAUAGCCUCGAUCCCCAGGGUUCCCCUUCUGCUUUCAAGAAUUCUCCAGAUUACAGGAAGAUAGGAGGGGAUGGUGAAAGCAGUAACGGAGGUGGUGGUUCUGGGCGGAAAUGGGCGGUGGCGGAGGAUCUGGAUGGGUCUCAGAGGAACAGUCCGGCGAAUACGAGCAGAGGGAGGAACCGGGAUCGGGAUCUUGAGAGAGAACGAGCGGUGGCGGAGGCUAAGGUUUGGGGAGAGAAUUGGAGAGAGAGGAAGAGAACGAACGCGAUGGGGAGUUUCGAUGCGACGAACGAGUGAUAUCGGUGGGUCGGUCGGGUAUUUGGUGUUUGCUUUUUUGUGGGCAAAUAAGAGUGAUUUAGGUCUCUCUAGUUGCUGAUUGUAUGUUGGUGGGUUGGUUUAAGGAUAUUGUGGCAGAUAAAAGUAAAAAAGAGGAGGGAAGUGCAGUUGGAGGGGUGUUGACUUCUGUAAAAAAAUUCAGAUUUGGGUUUUUUACUGUUUUUAUGCAAACUUGUUGGUAAUUAUAUCAUGAAUUUG